AUGGCGUCCUCGCUGCCGUCUGGCCCGGUCUUUAUAUCAUCCCACUCUGCCGAUGUCAUUCUUUCGGAUAUUAGACCAGUCAAACUAGCGCAGGACGCUCUCGGAUCCCUCAACGCCGUCUUGGACGAGGUCCUCACCACCGUCGUCCUCACCGCGCGUUCUCUGGCGACGGACCGUCUGAAGGCGGCACUGCUUCGAAUCCUGACCACGCCGCUCGGCAAGGAGGCGCUGCUCGAGGCCGAACUCGAACUUCGCGCUUACUGGGAGCGCACCAAGGCGACAGCGCCUUCCGCUGGAGAUUCGGACCGUCUGAACGUGCAGUGGGCUGCCGAGCUUCUGCGGCUGAAAUGCGUGGCGUACUCCACUCUCAACGACACGGACGAGGACGGACAGGCCGAACGGAGGCUCGCAGAACGUAUGGGUAACGGCGAUCUCGGCUGCUCCUCGGCACUCGUCGCACCCGCGGCGCUCUACAUGACGGCCAUCCUCGAAUGCCUCUGCGAGCAUAUUCUUUCCAACGUCGGCCGCGUUGCCACAAGAGACAGCAGUCGGACCGUUGCCACCGUCACAGACUUGUUCACGGCGCUGUGUGAAGACGACGCCAUGUACGCGUUAUUCAAAUCACUGCACAUCUACGACCAUAUUAGCUUGCUCAGCAGGGCACCCAAGCACAGGCAGAACAAGUCCAUCUCUGGCCAGAAACCCAGCGAUGCCGCAUCACCCACGAAUCAAGAACAGCUCCACCUUCCUUCGCGCAAGGAUUCUCACCACCGGAAAUCCUCCGAAUCAGCCGCAUCCGGUCCCAGUGCGUUCACACCUGGCCACGCCCAAUCGGGCGUUUCCAGAAGCUCUCUCGAAAAAGUUCGCGGCAUCAAGCUGUUCAAUAAAGCGCAUGGCCGUACAUCGAGUGAACGAGACGUCCAGUCCGGCCCUGACGUCUACGCCACGCCCCGAAGGUCAGAAAGCGGGGGAUAUGAUCAUGCAGGUGCUGCGGGAAUGCAGUCUCAGAGUUUAAGCGGCCAUAGCGACGCUCAUAAUAGUGCGGCAUCAGUUGAAGACGAACGCGACCAGGAGUUCGAGGAUCUCGUACGCUCGGCGGGGACGAUGAAGAUGUCGCUGACCCCGGACAGGCUAAGAACAAUGGAGUCGCACCGCAUGCGCAAUUCGCCUGGCACCAGUAGCGCUCUCGGCAAUGGGACACAACGGCCGGCCGACAUCGGCGCUACGCCAACAAGGGUGAACAUCGCGCCUGCCCCAUCCCCUGCGCCCCCCGUGCAACGGUCUACCAGCAUCCGCCAUAAGCUCUCGCAGCACUCCUUCAAAGACAGCGACGCCUCGCGUAAUCUCUCGGCAUCAGUCACCGUGACGUCCCCAAGCUCGAUGAGGAAGAAGAGCCCUAUAAUGUCCACCGCAAAUGGCAAUGCCCGUGCCCGAUCCAUCUCCACCUCUGGCGCAUAUCCUUCAAAGAGUGGGCCCCCGCCGGCUCUGCCGCAGUCGUCUACUUCCACCGCGCCGACCCAUCUGCGAUCCCAGACUGGGCCGCCUCCUCGCAGCCAGACCAUCGACGAAUUCGGUAUGCCCAAGAAGACGCGCAAAAUACAACGCAACCGAGAGUCUAUGGACCUUGACGAUAUCAUGAAUGGGUCGGACGAAGACGUGGCCGAAGUACCAAAGACCCCGAGUAGGUCGGUGCGGUCCCCGGGCUCUGCCAAACCCAGCGGUACUGGCGGACACAUAUCACAGUCAGCUCGCGACCUCAUCGCAUUCCUUGAAGACGGCCCGCCCGUGGAUCCUUACAGCCGCCCGCCUGUUGAUCUCCCACCGAUAGAAACCGUUGCGUCACCUAAAUCCGGGAAGGGUCGUCUUCAGCGCAUGAUCUCGAAGCUUAGUCUCAGCGCGGAGAGGGAGAGGGAGAGCCAACAGAGCCCUCAACGUGGAAACGCGAACGGAUACGCGAGUAUGCCUUCUACGCCCGCGGCCCAUUACACCCCUCCGUUGCCAGUACCAGUCAUGCCCAAGCCGCCGAGGUAUAGCCCAGCGCCCACAUCCCUCAUCUCUCCUCCAGAUAGCCCGACUGAAGGUGUGGAAGGCGCCCCGAUUGGGUCGGAGGGGGCACGAAAGACGAUACGCAAAGCUGUUCCUGUCUGGAAUCCGUCGCUCACGAACCUGAGCUCGACGCCGCCCAGUACCGUAGCCUCUUCGCAGCAAACAUCACGUCAGCCGUCGCCAAGUGUCACGCCCAGUGCCACGCCGAACUCUGCGGCAGGCUCAUGGAUACAACCAACGCCAUUGAAGGUCGUCAAUGGACAGCUCGAGCGCCUACCCGCUCAUAAGGCUGAAAGGAAAGGCGAUAACCUGGCGGGCGCGAACCAUGCCCCGUCAGUGUCGCCUGCCUCUCCGGUCUCUCCUCCUCCACGUCCCGAGCGUGCCGAUCGGAUAGCUUCCCCGCCGGACGUAGUCCUCCAGAGUGCUCCGCGUAGACCAUCUGCGUCUCGUGGUGGCCGCCCUGACUCGGCGAAUUCGGAGAAGCGCGCACGCAGGCAACAAACUAUCCUCCCUCCCGACCACAGUGCCCUCUCAGCGCCCACUCUAUCGGAGAACUUCGCGAUUGAUAUGCGUCGAAUGUUGGCCAGGGCAACGUCUGCUGACGAGUGUCGGCUUCUCGUCGACAUGUUCAUGGCGCGCGCCGGUUUCGGCAUGUCUCCUUCCGAUGCCGCGAGCGUCGCUGCGGCGGCACCACCCAUCAAUCCGGAGAGGGCCUCUCAGGCCGUCGCGCCCCCUGGACUUGAGCGCGAGCUCAUCGAACUCUUCCUCGGCGAGGGUUCGCGAACAGCAAACCCCAACACCGUUGCAUACGAUUCUGGCGCUCGAGCAUACCAGACUCCUCGCCAGUCACGCGAGGCUGCUUGA